AUGUUGGCAGAUUUUUUAGAAAAAAAUGAUAUAAAAACAUUUAAUCAAUCCAUAAAUUCUGAUCAAAUUGAUUUACUAAAAGACAAUUUAAAACAUGAAAUUGAUGAUAAAAAAAAUCAAAUUUAUCAAUUAUAUAUAACUAAAACUCAAGAUAUAAAUAAAAUUAAUUUUCAAACUUCAAAACUUAUUGAACAAUGUGAACAAUUAGAAGUUAAACGUGAAGAAUUAAUUAAACAAAUUGAAGAUUAUUCAAAAUUAGAAAAUCAUGCACGUCAUGUUAAUUCUAAUUAUUAUCAAGUUCAUCGUUUAAAUCAAUUUAUUAAUGGUAUUAAAGAAUUAGUUCAAUUACACAAUCAUAUUCAUGAAUGUCGACAACUAUGUAAAAAAGGUUAUUUAAAUGAAGCAAAAAUUUUAUAUGAAACUAUAGAAAAUCUAAUUAAUAAUGAAUAUUUAUUUCCACCUACAAAUGAUAAAUUUUAUCAACAACAUUAUCCAUUAUAUGAAACAUUUCAAAGAUAUGUUAGACAAUUACGUACAGAUAUUUGUCAAACACAUCAUAUUUUAUGGAAUGAUAGUAUUGAUCGAACAAAUAAAAAUCAAUUAAAAAUAAAUUUAAAUUAUCUUGAUCAACUUCUUAAAUGUAUAUUUUAUGAAGAAAAAGGAGAAAAAUUAUUAAUGGAAAAAAAUAUUCAAUCAUUUGCAUCAUAUUGUUUUCAAGGAUUUAUUCAUACAUUAAUUGAAAAAAAAAUGAAAUUAAUUAUCGAUGUAGAAACAACAAUGAUUUUAAUAAAAAUGGAAAAUAAUGAAGAAAUAGAACAAAAUGAUAUUGAACAAUUUAAUGAAACAUUAAAUUAUUUAAAGAAAUUUUUUGAUAUAUUAAAUAUACAUUUAUUAUCAAGAGUGAUGAAAAUUCAAACAUCGAAAGACAAAUCCAUUGAAUCGAUUUCAUUAAUGACUAUAUUCUCUUCAACUAUCGCCAAUGAUUUUAUUGAACUUAUUCGUGAACAUUUAUUAAAUAUAAUUCCAAAUGAUUUUCAAUAUAUUGAAAUAUUUCGUUCAUUAUUACAAACCGUUGUAGAUUUUGAAAAAUAUUUAAAUGAAAUAAAAUUUUUUUCUGCUAAUAAAAUCUCAAAUAUUAUUUCUUCUGUUGUUGGAAAUAUUGAUGAAGCAAUAAUAAAAAGUCGUUGUCGUACAUAUUUAUAUCAAAGUCGACAAUUACUUCAAUCAAAUGCAAUAAUUACAACAUCAUUAAAAACAAUUGAAAUUGGUGAUAAUGAACAAUUAUUUAAACAAAAUGAACAAGAUAAAGAAAAAUAUAAAAAUGAAAUUUCAUCAAAUAUUUUAUCAUCAACUAUUAGUUUAGAUGAAUUAGAUGCAAAUAUGUUUCGAUUUCCACGUACAAUUAUUGUGGAACAUGUUUAUGAAUAUAUGGAAUUUAUUCGAACUGUUGUACAAGAAGCUGAUAAAUUGGAAAAUUAUGGUGCACAUUUAUGUGCAACAGCAAGAAAUAUGAUGGAAUUGUUUCAUGUAAUAUAUGCAAAUUUACAUGAAAAAUCGGCACAAGAAUUUCCUUAUUUAACUGCGUUACAUUUUAAUACAUAUAUGUAUGUUGCACAUGUAUGUCUUAUUCUUGGUGAAGAAUAUUAUCAUUUGAAAACUAAAACAGGUGAUGGUCAACCAAUAACAUUUGUUGAUUAUGUUCCUAUAUUUCGUAAUCAAGCAGCAAAUUUACUUAAAUCUCAAUUAGAUAUUCAAAGAGAUACAUUAACAUCUUUUAUUAAAGAAAUUGGAGCAUUUCAUAAUAUUGCUGAUGAAGAUGAAAAUCAAGAUAUAUUAAAACGAGCUAUUAAUAAAUGCAUAAUGCAUAUGGAAAAUCUUUCACAUAAUUGGCGAAAUGUAUUUUCACCUCAAGUUUAUUUUAAAGUUAUUGGAUAUCUAUGUGAUCAUGUUAGUCAUCUUCUUAUUAAAGAAACAUUAUCACUUGAAGAUAUUCCAGAACAGGAAUGUCAAAUAAUGGUAAAUGUUUUUACACAAUGGUCAUCGUUUUUACAAAAUAUACUUGUUAAAGAUGAACUUAGUCCUGGUUUAAAUAUUCUUGCUCGUUUAGCACCAAAUUUAACAAGAUUUAAUGAAUUAUGUCUUGUUUUAAAUAGUUCUUUACAAAAUAUUGUUGAUCGAUGGUUUAAUGGACAAGGACCACUUGCUAGUCAAUUUACAGCUUUAGAAAUUAAACAACUUAUUCGAGCUCUUUUUCAAACAUCUGAAAGACGAACAGCAGCUCUCGCAAAAAUUCAAUAA